AUGCUGGUUGCAUUUUUCUGUGCACUGGCACCACUAAUCAUAGCCUGCGUUGUUGGGGCAUGCAUUAAUUUCCGAAAGAAGAAAACAGACUCUCCUUACGCUCUUUCAAAAGAAAAGUCACCGCUUGUUGCUGGUAAAUCCCCAACAACAGAUGUGAAUGUUAGCACAGCUAACGUUGCAACGACAGGAACGAAAGGUUCAGUAUCGCCGAGAACGCGCGUAUCCGUCGCCGUCGUAACGGGACCUCCAUGUUCAACAACUGUAGCAUCAACUGCUGCCUCUACAGUGAAACAACCGUUAAAGACCGUUCAAAAAAGUAAUACCAAGACAGUAUCAGCAUCUGCAGAAAAACUGAAAAAGAAACCCGUGAAAAACAACAAAACCAAGAAGCCCCUUUCGGGUGGAUCUUCGGAAGAAGUGUCAACUCUAAAAGAAGAUCUUGGCGACAUUCAGUUGGUUCGACCUAAAGCAAAACGAAAAAAUAUACGCGAAUUGCUUCGAGAAUAUCGUGCACCUGAAAUUAGAUCAAGCGAAGAAGGUGCCAGUGAAUCAACCAAAUCCACUGAUGAUACUCUGUGUGGUGUUGAGUCAUUGAAGACGGACAAUCAGACAUCGUUGGCUCCACGAACCUCAAUGGAGACGCUGUCAAGAAGACAAAUGAAACACAUCCAUACGAAUACCGGUGAAGUUAAAUGA